AUGGAGCUGACGCAGUUCAAGACCUUAUUAACAACCUCCCUGAGUGGGCAGAGCGCACUGUCAGCAACUCCUUGCAAGUGUUCACUAAUAGCACAGCGAGCAGAACUCUGUACGUCAAUGAAAAACUACCAGCAAGCUCUUCACGACGCCGACGUCCUCUGCCGAAACAAACCCCACUGGCCUGCGGGCCAUUAUGUGAAAGCAAAAGCUCUUUCUGGAUUGGAAAGGACUGAGGAAGCAUUGAAGGAGUUUCUCUAUUGUGUUGCCUUAAAUCCUGAAUGGAGCUCAAUGAAGAAAGAAGCCCAAAAGAUAAUGUGUGAGAUGUUUUUCCCAGCCUUUGAAAAUGUUCAUGAUAGUCUAACAGCACCUUUCUCUAGUCGAACAUCCCAUACGAGGUUGAAACCUGCAUUUCUGAGUAGCAUAAACACACAGUCAGCUGCAGAAGAUAGCUCUAUUGCUGGGUCCUCAAAGGAUACUGUGUUCAGGUUAACAAAAACCCCGUCCCAAGAAUCUGAUGUAUUUAGAAGUACUGAUUCUUCUGUUUCCCAUCAUGUUCUGGAUCUCUAUUUUGAAGACAACAAGAAGUCUUUGGGAGCUAUUCUCUCCAGUUUACCUGGGGUUGGCUUAAAAAGAAAGCUGUCCAGUGAUAUGAGGGACUUGCAAAGCUUGGAUGUCCCCAGUAAGAUUCCUAAAAAAGAUGCAGAUGUUUUACCUGAAAACACUGCCAUCACUUCAGGUGAAAUCCCAACAACUCUGGUGGAUGCAUCGGACUUUGAGUGUUCCCUCUGCAUGAGAUUGUUCUACGAACCUGUUACCACUCCCUGUGGACACACCUUUUGCCUCAAAUGCCUUGAGCGUUGCCUUGACCAUAAUCCGCAUUGCCCACUCUGCAAAGAAAAGCUGUCAGAAUUUCUGGCAAGCAGAACGUACAAGAAGACCGUCCUUACAGAAGAACUGAUAGUCCGUUACUUGCCAGAGGAACUAUCUGAAAGGAAGAAAGUUUAUGAGGAAGAAAUGAAGGAAUUGUCAAAUUUGAAUAAAGAUGUUCCCAUCUUCGUAUGUACCAUGGCCUUCCCUACCAUCCCUUGUCCUCUCCAUGUCUUUGAACCUCGUUAUCGUCUAAUGAUAAGAAGAUGCAUGGAAACUGGUACCAAGCAGUUUGGCAUGUGCUUAGCUGACGAAUUAAAAGGAUUUGCAGAUCAUGGCUGUAUAUUAGAGAUCAGGGACGUAAAGUUUUUUCCUGAUGGGCGCUCAGUUGUUGAUACAGUUGGUGUCCGUCGUUUUAGGGUCUUAAGCCAUGGCCAGCGAGAUGGAUAUAACACAGCAAACAUCGAGUAUCUUGAAGAUAAAAAGGUUGAAGGACCGGAAUAUGAAGAACUUGUCCGCCUUCAUGAUUCAGUUUACGAUCAAGCCGUUGCCUGGUUUACUUCUCUUAAGGACAAUAUGAAAGUGCAAAUUCUCAAUCAUUUUGGGUCCAUGCCAGGAAAAGAACCAGAGCCACAGAGUAACCCCAGUGGUCCUGCCUGGUACUGGUGGCUCUUGGCAGUGUUGCCUCUGGAAAACAGAGCUCAGCUGGCUAUAUUGGCUAUGACCUCCCUUAAAGAUCGUCUUAUCGCCAUCAGACGCGUGUUGAUAUUUGUGACUCGCAAAAGACCCAGAUAACAUGGACUUCAGUUGUGAGUGGGCACUGAAAACAUCUCACGACAGGUUGUUCUGGGGGAGGGCAAAGGGGGAGGGGUUGUUUUGGGGUUUUUUUUUUAAAGAUUCCUUCAAAAAGGAACAGCCCUUUCUGACUGCGUCCGGCAUCCAUUGAUUGCAUCGGUUUGUUAUCCUGGGUAUUCACCAAACAUUGCACUCUCCCCUGUUGUCCUGGUGAAAUCUGAGCCUCUACAAAGCUGUGCCGCAGUUAGAGUGUAGCUGAUAGAUGUGGAUAAUUGCUUCAGAGUACUACGAUAGAGUUUGUAGCCUGCAAGAGAGUUAAGUACUAGAGUAGCACCAUUGGCCUGCAUGUGAUUUGGAUUUCCACUUGGUAGGAAAAGGAAACUGGACAGUGGAUUGAAGAGGCGUUUCCUAGAUUUUCUUGAAGGUAGUGAACAGAAGAGGAGUUACGCUGCC